UGUAUCUCAUUCCAAAUUUUUGACCUUGUAUCCAUUUUAUUCCGUAUCUGGUCUUUCACUCCAACUUCUGACCAGAACCCCCUUUUUUUUUUUUUUUUCAUUGUCGCCCCUUGGCAAUUGGCAACUUCUCGCGCCUGGUUUAUGAAUUAUCGCCGUCGAACUUUGUCGACGGCACCAAUGCAGUCGUUUUCGAUCUGCUAGAUUGAUACGAUAAAGUUCAACCCCGUUGACUGGUUGAACAACAUCAAAAGGGGGUAACGUGUCUGACGCGUAUGCGUAUUGACCGUCUAUUUGCCUACCUAUCUAUAACCUAUUCAUCCAAUACCUUUGCCAUCAUCCAACUUUUCGAGAGGGGAUCUUUCCCUUGCCGCUCGCUACUCUGCGCAUUUCGCAUUUCACUAAACGAAUAUACGGAUAGACGGCGGUAACGGGUCCUUUUUGUAUGAUUGAAUAAGCCAUCCUCGAUUACGACAACCACGAUAGAAUCAACGACUUGCCGAUUGUACGAGAAGAAAGACGACUAUAGUGCUGAUAUAGCUGCGUAUCAACCUCAACCUCAACCUCUCCGACUGCUGUCUGCCGUCUGCGAGGGCGUCGUUAAGCUCCAUUAUGGAUCUGCUUCGGCGCGCUUACAGGCGUGUGCCUGCAGCUAUGAGCACGCCUCAGCUUCCUACCUCGGGCGAGAAGAGACCUCAGCUCAACAGGUUAACAUCGCGACUUGCUUUCUUCAGAAGACCUCUCAGAUUAAAAGGCAACUCCAGCAUAUCUGUCCCGUUAGGCGUGGUCGUUCUAUUUCCAUGCAUCGUCGUUGUCCUCAUCCUCGUAUUAUUUGUUAGGCAUCCUAGCUCUCCGGGGAGGAUAUUGAUGCCUGCUGGCGCACCACCAGCUAUCCGAAAAAUUAGCGAAGAACACGACAAAGUAUUCGUCUCAGGCUGUCUCGCACCCGAUACUACGCAAGAACGAGUCAAUGGCGCAUUUGUCGUUCUCGCCCGAAACAAGGAGCUUGAUGGUGUCAUUCAGUCCAUUAAGUCUAUCGAGCGUCAUUUCAACAGAUGGUAUCAUUAUCCCUAUGUCUUCCUGAACGAUGGAGACUUCAACCAGACUUUCAAGGACAUCGUUCGCAACUACACUUCUGCUCCGGUUGAGUUUGGCAAGGUUGGCCCAGAGAUGUGGGGAUACCCAGACUGGAUAGACCCGAAAGUUGCAAAGGAGGGUAUCGCUAAACAGGGAGACGCCGCUGUGAUGUACGGUGGUCUAGAGAGCUACCACGCCAUGUGCCGAUUCUACUCUGGAUUUUUCUAUGACCACCCUCUUCUCGCCAAAUAUGAAUGGUACUGGCGUUUGGAGCCCGAGAUCAAGUACUUCUGUGAUAUUACUUAUGACCCAUUCCGUAAGAUGAUCGAGUAUAACAAGACGUACGGCUUCACUAUCGCUGUUAAGGAGCUUCGCGAGACCGUCCCCAACAUUUUCCGAUAUGCUUCUGCCUACAAGCGCCUGAACAACAUCACGUCUCAAGGUCUAUGGGAGAUGUUCGUCGAGCCCAAGCCAGAGAAGCCGGCUCCUCCUGAGAACGACCCUAACUUCAAACCGCCACUACCUGAAGAGAUCUUGCGGAGCGACCCCGGCCGAAUGAACUUGCCCGAGAUUGAUCCCGAAGCCAUGGAGGGCGAGAGUUAUAAUAUGUGCCAUUUCUGGUCUAACUUCGAAAUCGCGAAGCUCAGCUGGUUCCGAAGCAAGGAGUAUAAGGCCUUCUUCGAGAUGAUGGAUCGUAGUGGUGGUUUCUGGGUGGAACGGUGGGGUGAUGCCCCUAUCCAUUCCCUUGCUGCUGGUAUUCUUCUGGCGCCUCGCGACAUCCAUUAUUUCCGAGACUUCGGUUACCGACAUACUACUAUCCAACAUUGCCCGGCUAAUGCCCCUGCUCGCCAGCUUCCUCGUGAGCCUUACCUUGAGAAGACAACUCAAGACGAGAGGAAACGAGUCGAAGAAGACGAGUAUUGGGACCAGUGGGACCCAGAGAAAGAGAACGGCGUUGGUUGCCGUUGCCGUUGCGAUACUGAUAUUGUAGAUGUUGAGGGUAAGGAAGGUUCGUGCUUGGCUGAAUGGGUUGACGUUGCUGGCGGAUGGGCUAGCCCGUAGUGAGAGUUCGUCAACUCCAGAGACAUUUUGGCAAUUCCCAUCAACAACUACGGUUGGAUACCAAGUAUCUUCUAGCGGUCAUUUCACAAGGCAUGGCCCGGCACAAAAUAUUAACGAUGGAACGACAAUUAUAUUUGGUAUAAAUGUGCUCUUCGUCGCUUUUUGCCAGCAGAGGAGGGGUGCUUAGAAAUGACGGGUUUCGGAUAACGGCGCAGUGAAGGCUGAUAGGAGUGUAGCAUAUUACGUAUUAGGGGGAUAUAUAUCGGUCCUCGACUUGUACGGCUUGGUAGUUUUGCCAUAGAAAGAGGGCGUCACGAACCUAGAGGCGGUUUGAUAGGUUACUUGUCGGUUACCGCCUAGGUCCAAGGGUGGCGAACAUCAUAGUUCUGCAUGUAAAAGAGCUGCACCCUCGUGGUUCAGUCGGGUUGGCAUACUAUAUUGGGAUUGACAUCAAUCGUACAUAAUAUUCUCGUGUUAACAAAGCGAUUUGCCAUUUCUUCGAA